AUGGCAGCCGAAAUCGAAAAACAGUCUCAUGUUCACCAAGAGUACACCGGCUCAGAGACUCGCACGCCGGUGCAGAUCCAGUCGCAAUUUGCCCUGCUGCGCGACCUCUCGGACGACCAGAUGCAAGCUCUGGACAAGAGAAUAGUCAAGAUCCUGGAUUGGCGGAUGAUGCCCAUCAUCACACUGAUGUUCCUAAUGAGCUAUCUCGACCGCAUCAAUGUCUCCAAUGCUCGUCUCGCAGGCCUGCAAGACGACUUGCACAUGUCCGACACGAUCUGGAACGCCGGGAUUUCGACAUUCUAUGUGGGGUAUUUGAUCGGGCAGCUUCCAGGGGUGAUAUGGAUGACGAAGAUGAAGCCGAAUCUGUUCUUGCCGGGGGUGAUGCUCGCGUGGAGUGCUGCGACGAUAUGCAUGCCGGCGAUGACGAAUGGAACUGGCUUCGUGCUCUGUCGAUUCGUCAUCGGGCUCUGUGAGGCGCCGUUCUUCCCUGGUAUCACGCUGAUGACGUCGUCGUGGUAUAACAAGCGUGAGAGUCCCACUCGGAUGGCAGUGUGGCAUGCCGGCAACACCGUCUCUAACAUACUGUCUGGCUUCCUUGCCGCUGGUAUCUUGACAAACAUGGAAGGCGUCCAUGGUCUGCACAGCUGGCAGUGGUUUUUCAUCAUAGAAGGUGCAGCAUCAAUUGCGAUAGCUGUGGCAGCUUUCUUCCUUCUCCCAAGUUGGCCACACGAUACGAGGUUUCUCACAGAAGAGGAGCGUGAGAUGGCUCAGUAUAGAGUUCUGGUAUCGAAUGGAGGCGUCGAAGAAGCCUUGGGUGGAACGUGGGAUGGCAUAAAGGAGGCGGCCAAAGACCCUUUCACAUGGUUGUUUUGUGGAAUGCAUUUUGCCUUGGUUACGGCGCAGAGCUUCAAGGACUUCUUGCCAUCGGUAAGCCUCUUCAUCAUGGAGACGUUCGGCUUCGACACGCUAACCACGUACCUCGUCCAAGCACCUCCCUAUGCAAUCGCGUAUGCUAUAUCAUGCGGACUUGCCUACUCGUCAGGUUAUUUCCAAGAGUCUUGCUUUCACAUCAUCGUCCCGAUAAUCUUCAGUGCCUUGGGUGCUUCACUGUUGAUCGCAACCCUCAACGUUGGCGCACGUUACUUCGGGUUGAUCCUGCUUAUAACCGGCACGUAUAGCGGACUCAAUCUGCAGCUCUCAUGGGAGACUACAGUGGUGCCCCAUCCACGUAAGAAGAAAGCUGCACUGAUCGCCAUUGCAAAUGCUAUUUCGCAAGUCUCGCACUGGUUCAGCCCACAAUUUUUCCCGACAUCCCAAGAGCCGUUUUAUCGCCUAGGGGGUGGAUUGAUCCUUUUUGGCUGUCUUUUCGCCGUCAUAAUAUGUCUGUUGGUAACUUGGCGGGCGAAAGUCCUCAACAAAAAGCUCGAUGAGGCGGAAGGGUGGUCGGAGCAUACGGGUAAUGAACGGGGUUGGAGAUAUGUAUACUAG